CGCACCGGCCUGCAGGGACCCACCGCAUCUCGACGAGGAAAAAUAUAACACGAGAAAUUUGACGCAAACCUAUUUUUCAUCCAGAGACGUUAAGAUAAUGUUUUUCUCCGUCCCGCAUCCCUGCUGGAAGAGGAUGUCAUUAUUUUCAAGCCGUUGUCUCUGAUCAAGGUGAGGAAUGGAUAAUAUGCGGAGAUUUCAGCGGAGAAUAACAUGAUCACCUGCGCGUUUUACUCUUUAAAUGACAUUCCGCAUCCAUCCAAGCCUGUGUUUGGAAUAAUAAUGAUCUUAUCCUUUCUAUAACACAAUAAUGUUCUUUUAUUACAAUAAUUGCAUCACCUUAUACAGGCAGGUCAAAUGAACUAACGCGCAAACGCGCUCUUUGUCUGGUUACGGGCGCGCGCUCAAUCAGUCAAUCAAUCAAUCCAUCGCCUUAUUUGCGCUUCCACGCGCGUGGAAUGCGUCGAGUCUAACGAAGCAUCUUCGAGAGGAUCAAUGGAGCCCUUCCUGCAGAUCGCGCCGCACUCUCUGGCCAUCGUGCUGUCGCGCGUCGUGGUGGAGGACGCGCCCGGGGUGACGGAGAGCGAAGAGCCGCCGCACCAUCACACCGGCUACGAGAUAUUCGCCGACUUCAAAUCACUGAACAUGAAAUAUUUCUGGAAUAAGAUGGUGGCCGAUGCCAUAGCCGAGACUUUCUUCCUGGGCUGGAUAGAUGAGCAUGUGUUACUGAUCCAGGGGAAGGAGGAUCACCUGGAGGUGUUGAGGGAGGCUUGGAUGAGGAGAUCCCUCAAAGCACCGCAGGGCUUCGACAUCAAAUACCUCGGUGAUGUGUCUCCCAUCAGUAUGUCUCCCAUCAGCCAAUCCCAGUUCAUCCCACUGGGAGAAAUCCUGUGCCUGGCCAUUUCUGCCAUGAACUCCGCCCGUAAGACUGUCACACAAGAGACUCUCAUCGAGCACCUAGCAACAUGCUUCCCAGGCGUCCCCACUCCAAGUAUGGAGAUCCUGCGGCACACGCUCAACAUGCUGGUCCGAGAGCGGAAGAUUUACCCCACCCCAGAGGGUUAUUUCAUUGUUACCCAGCAGACAUACUUCAUCACACCUUCCCUCAUUAGGACUAACAGCAAGUGGUACCACCUAGACGAGAGGAUACCAGAACGCAUGCCGCAGCAGCCGUGUACCUCUCCUCACUCAAGUACCAUGACACCCUCCACUUCCGGAUGUGUCCGGGAAAGACCUCACCACAAGAACCACAGUGACUCCUACAACAAAAGCUACCGGGAGGACAUCCCUAGUAUGCAUACCUCAACCUUACAGAAAAGGUCUAAGGAGCAUAAAGAGUCUUCUCCUGUGUCUCCGCCCCCUCAGCAGCCAUCAGAGAAGAAUAAGAGUAUGCUUAGUUUUCCAUUUAAAACUGAGACAAACAAUAAACACAAAGAUGGAAGCAGCAGCAGUGGGGAGAAGCAGUCUAAGAAGUUCGGCCUGAAGCUGUUCAGGUUGAGCUUCAAGAAGGACAAGACGAAACAUCUAGCCACAUUUUCAGCCCAGUUCCCACCUGAGGAGUGGCCACUGCGGGAUGAGGAGACACCCAGUACUGUUCCUAGAGAGGUGGAGAUGGAGAUCAUCCGUCGGAUCAACCCAGAUCUCACGGUGGAGAACCUGGCUCGCCACACAGCCGUAAUGAAGCGUCUGGAGGAGGAGAAGGCACAGCGGAACAAAGCAAACUCCUCUGCUCAGCAGAGUGCCCGCAGCAAGAGGAGCCGCAGUCAUCGAAAGACCCAGCAGGGCAAGGCCUCACGUUCCCAUAGCAAAACACGUGCAUCCAGGGGGGAUCCGUCUGAAGGAUCCAAUCUGGACAUAUCCUAUGAUCGUGAUUACAGAUUCUACAGCUCCUCAUUGGUACGUUCUCCACGCGAUACCAUGAUGUCUAUGGAGCGAAAUAGGGGGAAGUAUAUGGUUCACAGCAACCCCAAUAUUGUGGAGUCUCACUUUACCACCACUCCAGAGUGGGAUGUUUCUGGUGAACUGGCAAAGCGGCGGACAGAAAUGCCAUUCCCAGAGCCUUCUAGGGCACAGUCACAUUCCAAAGUCCACCGAAGUCAUAGUCAUACGCAAGAGAGAAAGUCACGAAAUGAGAGGUCGGACAAGGCCAAAGAAAGGUCACGGUCCAUGGACAACUCCAAGGGACCACUUGGUGGUCCAUACUUAGGUGGCCCAGAGAACUUUGAGUGCAGUCCUGAUGACAGGAGUCGGUACUACACUGAUGAUGGUACUUUGAGGGCAUCUGCGCAGGCGACCCACUAUUCCCGUAUCAUGCUCUCUGCUGCUAGAUUACACUCUGACGUUUGUGUGCCUGAUGUUGGAAGAGGAUCCUCAGAGGAUGCUGUGCUUUACCGGACGCUGGAGAAGAGUAAAAGCAGAGAUAGUCUUCCUGCUUACAACGACCUUAAGUCUUGCUCUCCCAAAACACCAGUAGACGACUAUUUCCAGUGCACUGCAGCAAAUGAAGUCUCUCUCUCUGCCCCACCUUCUCUUACAAAACCCAGCCAUGACUUUACGGAUAGUGUCUGGAAGGGGAUCUCCUCUGACCGACUGACCCCUCAUCUUACACCCCCUCACCCUAUAGAAUAUAAAGAGGAGACAGCAAAGGGACAAAGUAGUAUUUCUAUAGCGUCAACGAGCCAAACCCCCGAGCAUCUCCCCAAUGGACGAUUGUUGCACCAACACAAUCCCGACUCAGGUGACUUGGACAAAAUGGCAGAGGUUUACAGCCAAGAGACUUUGUUCAAACCUCCAGACUAUGUGGAGAGCAGCUUCUCAAGGCCAGGUACGAUAGGUAAGUCCUCUCACACCAAGUCAACAGAGGUCCCGGAGACUCAGGAGCAUUUUGAUAAAUCUCUACCCCUGACCGUGCCACCAUCCUCGGCUCAGGAGCAGGCUUCAUGCGCAGAAACCACCUUCGACUAUUACAACGUGUCGGAUGAUGACUCUGAGGAGACUAGUCAUAAGAACCGCAUAGAGGAGAAAGUUCUAGAAGAAGGAGGGACAAUGCAAUGGCUGUUGGAACGGGAAAAAGAGCGUGAUUUGCAGCGGAAGUUUGAGAAGAACCUUACCUUUCUAAGUCCCAAGGAAGGUGAGAGCAACAACAGCCAAAAAUCAGUCCAUUCUACCCGAUUGGACAGUAUGGACUCCAGUAGUGUGACUGUGGACAGUGGAUUUAAUUCCCCACGGUAAGGCACUCAGGGCCACUUUAAGGGUUUGUUUCAUUUGUUGUGUUGGCAAUAGGGUUGUGUCUGAAAUGAUGGGUAUGCUAUUCUAUGAAUAGACAUACAUUAUUAUCCUUGUUUUUAACUUGUUUUUAAGUGUUAACUCACAGGAACAUUUAGGGGUUUAUGCUUUUAUAGACAUGACAGAAUUCUGUAGAGCCUUAGUUUAAUCCCAGUUCAUGCAAACCAUACAUUUUCUUAUUUUAAGCAGUAGUAACCACCUCUGCGAAUGACAUUAAAAGGAUAGUUCACCCAAAA